AUGGAUGUGCUGAAGGUUUCCUUGACUACACCACAAGAAAUAGCAGAUGGGGUUUCAGUAUGGGAGUGGUCUGGUGCUGCGUUAGAUGAGGGAGCUGAUGCAUCGAAAUGGUUUUCAGAUUAUCUAGGGAAACCUAGUCGACUUGUCCGCUUUAAUGCAGCUUCAGAAACUAGGCCUGUAGAACCUGAAUAUGCUCCUGGACACCGAAUAAUGUUCUCUGAUAUGUAUCCAUACAUGCUAUCGUCUCAGGGGUCACUGGAUGCACUAAAUGAGCUUCUGAAGGAACCCAUACCAGUUAACCGAUUUAGACCCAACAUUCUUGUUAACGGAUGUGAACCAUUUUCUGAAGACCUAUUGACAGAGAUCAGGAUAGACAAGCUAACAUUUCAAGGUGUCAAGCUAUGCUCCCGCUGUAAGAAUCUUGUUUGGAGAGACUCUCUUACAGGAGGUGUGAAAGGAAAUGUCGUGAAGGUUGGAGAUCUUGUUUAUGUCCUCAAGAUGGUAUCUUCUGCUGAUGAAGCAGCAGCUUGA